AUGUCCGCACCGAUGUCUACGUCAACGUUUGGGACAAUACCUCCACCAAUACUCUUGACGCCCUCUCCGCCAAGAGACCAUCUUUCUGGCUUGCCAAGCGAGCUGCAUGAUCUAAUCUUUCGCUACCUCGACCUUUGCGACAUUGCACACCUUCACCAGGCGUCUCGCACUUUCCCCAUCGACUGGAUCAACGUCACUAGGGACCAACAAGACAACAUCAUCAACAACACCAAAUUUUGCGACAAACUGCGUUCAGAUGUGCGCAACUCUCGUAACCCACGCAAGCUCAAGCCUCUCCCUACUUCGAGUCUACCUCAAGACAGGACCUACGCGGAACUCUUGAAGGAUCCCACACAGCCUCGCGACUUGGUCCGCAUCGAGAAGCAAGAGCAUCUGGCUGCACUUCGGGAUGGUUUGCUGUUCAAAUCUAAUGCUUUCCGGAAUGAUCGAGAUGCACCGUUGAGCGAAUCGAAGGAGAGGCUGGGCUUGAGGGAAGACAACUCUGAUACAUACGUGCAACUGAUCAACCAGGCAACAAGCGAACGCGAGCGAGUGGGAUUUGAGAGCCAGCGCAUUCGUGAUGAGAGAACAAGGAUGAAAGCUCAAGCAGACCGACUCGGGGAAGUUAUCUACAAACUGUUCAAGGAUCCCCUCUUCUUGCCACGUACCUGCCGGAAUUGCCUCGUGCAUACUGUAAAAACGGGGCCCGGAGUUGCAUACGAUAAAGUAUUCGGCGUUGUACACUGUGGCCCGUGUGGCGAUAAGCGCCUCUCGAUCAAUCACAUCCUUACGGGUCACCUCUAUGGCGACCUAAUAUCAUUGGUGGUCAUCUCGGGAGUGUUGGGGGAAGUUCAACGAAUCAACCGCAGAGUUCACCUUGACACUGCCUGGGUCAAGCAGUUCACGACUCAAGAUUGGGUGGGCUUUCAAUGGAUUAGCAAAGACUUCACCGAAAUCUUUGCUCAGUGCUUCGCGGGAGUCACUUUCGCCGUGCUUCGCGAUCGACCGAUGCCCUUGCCACUUGACGGUGUAGGCUAUGGAGGACAAGAGGCGGCUGAUAAGUUCAACAUUUGCAGUACCGCUGCAACUCUCGCGACUCAAUGGUACACCCAAGGAGCCCAGCAGAGCUCUCCACAAGGGCAGUUUUAUCACAACAUCCAACCUGACUUGAGUUUGCGAUGUAUCUUCUGGCUCCGAGUGGACCUGUCUGGAGCUGAGCGUGUGAUCGAGAUCUACAAGUGCAUGGCUUCUUACUACGAGAAGUUGCCCGGGCAGUAUCCGAACAAGAUCUUGCUGGGAGAGGAUGUAUACAUCCGCAAGUUUGCUACCCACUUCUGGCAUGAGCAGCUGUUCAAGGAGACCGAAAAAAUGCUCGUCGACGUCCUGAUUGUACAUCUCAAGCUGCCAGCGGACCUUUUCGAUCCAACGAUGCCCAUCAUCUCCUUACCGGACGCCAACCGGGUGGUUUACGACUACUUCGGCUGCACCUUGUCUCAGAUGGCGUGUGCGAUGCUAUCUUUGCAGAACACUUCCGUCGACAUUCCGUUCGUGGCUGUGGUGAGAAGAGCGGUCAAAAUCAUUAUCGACCAAAUCGAUGACAAUGAUAUGGUAUUUUUGAUCGCCAGCCUUGCUGUCCUCGGGGACGAGCUUCCAUCAAGAAUCUUCGGGCCGCCACCCACACACGUGCCAUUGAGGUAUUGGAUGUUUCGACAGAACAUUCCCAGGGACGAGCCAUAUGCUUGGACACCCAGCAUGGCAGCCAUCGCGGCUGGCUUCAAUCAUGAGGCAUACCCUUCUGCGAUUUGGUAUGAGGUUGCGGCUCGGACGGCCCCAAUGCCUAUUCUUCUGGCGAGCUACCCUGAAUGUCCCGCGACUGAGUCCUCUCAACUGGAGCCACUUGUUUUGGACUUUACUCCCUCUACGAGUCAGGGCUCCUUUUUCACAUCCACUCAAUUUCCUCUGCCGCAAGACGCCACGACGACCAUUGGAGCGAACUUGUCGACGGCCGUCUUCGGAAACAGCACUAUUCUGUCUUCCGCCAUCAACACCAAUGGCCUCAACGCUUCUGGAGCGAAUCUUGGAGCCGAUGGCUAUCAGGUGGCGUUUGACGACCCGAUGGAUCUUGACGAGUAUGAUGAUAUGGCGCAGCAUCUCAACGGAGUGUGA